GAGGGGGAAAGAAUGAAUGAGUGGAUAUGAUAAUAUUUAAUUAUGCCGCGAGAUAAAAUCUCUCCGAGCAACUAAUUGAAAGUUACAGCGAAAAUGGCAGCAGUCACGCGAAAUAAUUAUACGGCGAAUGCAUUUAGCACGGUCUAAGUAAGGCGAAACGGAUCGGUGAAUAAAAAACGAGAAACAAAUAGGCGGCUAAUAAACAGAUGAUAGAUAGAUAAAGCGGUAGGCGGGAAAAAAGACACGAUGAAAAACGAGGAAAAAAUUACUAGAACAAAAACAAUUCGUGACGAUGACACUGCAUAUAAGAACUAUGCAUUUGAACACUAUGCGUUAAAAUAGUACGUGCGUCAUUCCGGUCAUGUAGUACACAGCUAUUUAGCUAUCUUUGAUGUUUUUAAAUUUUAUUCACGGCGAGAUUCAGGAAUGAACCGAGUAGUUGACAACAAACGCAAUGUUCAAACAAUAUUAGGCAUUAAUCGAUUCGAAUAUUGGUUGGCUAAAAAUAAUCGGCAAAUUAAUUAUCAAAAUUCAAAAUUAAUCGUCGUAUAUGUAAUUCAUCGAUUGAUGCAAUUAAUUUUUAAUCGAACUUGGUUGGUUUUACACGUGCACUAAUUGAUAAUUAAUUUUAUCAGUCAAUUAAAUUAUUCAUAAUUACACAUUUACCAAUUGAUUAAUUUUGAUUAUUGAUUUGCCGAUUAUUUUAUUAAAAAAUUGUAAUCGAUUUACGAUUCGCUCGAAUUGCUGCUGACGUUUUUUACUGUAUUAAUGUAAAAAUUGAAACAUUAUUAUUUUUCAAAUUUAUAUUUCCUACAAAAAGAGUUGGGUUAAAUACUAAUAAUUCCUGCAAGAAAAAUAACCGGGAUUUUCUCGAACUGCUGCUGACGUUUUUCCCCGUAUCACUGUAGAAAUAGAAACAUGAAAAUAGAAUUAUCGCUCUUCAAACUUGUAUUUCCCGCGAAAGAAAUGAUAUCAAAAAGUUAAACCAAGUACUAAUAAUUCUCGCAGAAAUAGCAACCGCGACUCCCUCAAAUUGCUGUUGACAUUUCUCGCCGUAUCACUGCAUGAGGCCGCCAGGCCUCGACAAGUUCUCGUCUCAUUGCCGUGUCACCGAUAAUCAUGUCACUCGCCUGUAUUAUUUUCCAAUGUUACUCGCGUGACUUCCUUCUAGGAAGCCCGUCACGUGCCGAUACUCCCAUCGCAGAUGGAUUCGCGAUGUUGACAUUUUUCGUCGUUUCGCGCACGAUGACACCAGCUGCUCGAAUAGCGACGGGCUUUUCUCGCCUCGCCGCGGCACCGCCAAUUACAUCACUUGCCCGCAUUAUUUCGCAACGUUUCUCGCGUGCGUCGCGGGUCCUUCUACGUAGAAGCUUGUUUGAGAUAGAUACGCAAUCGUUCUCGCGAAUUGCUCUCUACGCUCGCGACGCUUUCCAGCGACUGGGGUCACACUCUAUUUGGGGAUUCGCUUUAAAAAUAUGACUUAUUAUCGUUAUCUGGCGGGAGAUAAAACUCAUGCAGCGACGAGGGAUAAGUGAGUUACGUCAGACUUUCCUCUUGGUCUCUCCAUUCCUGCGCUCCUGAAUCUCUCUUUUCUUCGACGCGCGCCGUGACUAGAUAAUUUCGAAUUUCUGGAUAUGGUAAAUACGCCUCGUCGUGUGAAUUCCGCGCGUAAAUAAAGAAAAGAACGACGCACGAAUAAACAUAGAAGAUACACAAAAGAAACCGAAUACGGGGAAACCCGACGUAUCACUGGGGCUGUUUGUAGUAUCAACAUUGGUGGAGGAACAAUCUGCUGCGCAACCACAUCGUCGCGCGCCAUCAAACGCGAUUGUGAAAGGUUAAAAUUCGCGGGAACUUGCAGGAAGACCGAGCGAAUUUAUGCGGUACAUCGCGAAAAUCGUGCUCGGAACGUGAAAGGCACUCAAGGCGCGAUCGUUCGUAUCGUUCCGCGAUCGCGUCCGGGGCAAUUGCGCGAGUACCAAUUAACAAGGGGGACUUCUCGCGCGUGACGAAGAAAAAACGCGAGGAGAAAAGAAAAGGAGCGAAGGGGGGAACAGAAUGACAAAUGGCGCGAGGCGGAAUGGCUUUUAUCCGCGCGCAAGUCUCUCGACGGUGAGCGUGACCGCCGUCCCGUGGCUCCAACUUUUAUGCAUGCGAAGUCGCGUGCGCGGUCGCGUGCUGGCAUCACCCUUUCGUGCGGCGCUGUUAAAAUAUUCGUCCACCUAUCGGUGCCCGGCAUCUAGGAUAGCGGGCUUCACAUCCGCCCGUGUGAAACGCUCAUUUUGCCACCUGCGGCGAGUUUUGACCCCGCCGACGAGAGAUUAUCACGGCAUCUGGACAGAAUUAACGUUACAAUAUCGUCAGAUGACGCGACAAACUGCGCCGUUCAUCCACGCGCCCGAAGCGCGGAGGUCACGACUGUCCGCAUAGAAAUUCCUCAAAUUACCCCGGCAAAAUUAUUCCGAUCAGAACGCCCGAAUUUCUCCCAGCAUUUGUAGUGAUUCUGUGUAAUCAAUACGAUGUGUACUUUGCAGUCAGUACUUUGCUGGAAAAAUUUUCAAAUAUAAUAUCCUUUUAUAUAUUGUUUGCCGUAAUCUACAGACAAGUUCCUACAGGAAUCUUUCUGCUUCUACAAUCGAGUUUUCCAUCUGGUCCCAAUUUUUGCUAGUUCAAAGUUCAGUUACACUGACGGAAUUGUUUUCCCCGUGCGGUCUGAAUUCCAAUUCUCAAGAAAUUUUCUAUGCGGGUGGAGCCUACUAUCGAUAAUACGACGAUAUUCUAGGAAUUUUAUUAUGCAACAAUUUGACGUAGGCAUGAUAUUUAUCUGAACGUAUGAAUAAAUCAUUUCGAGUAUUUGACGUCUUAAUGAAGUAUAUGACAUAUCCGUGAUACGACAUAUCCGUGAUACAAAAUUUAAAAUGGAAACACGAUGCAUAAAUGUGUUUAAUAAUCAAUAAAACGUGCGUAGUAUUACGUAUUUUAUUUAUAUUCCAACAUCGCGAAGGAGAGGAGUCGGUAAAAAAUUCAAACCAUAUUCGUUCGAAUUAUCUACGUUAAUUAAUAACAUUUCAUGGCAUUUUGUGUCGUUUCGUGAUCGUUUCUCUCAUGUUUCUUCUUUUUCACGCAAAGAUAAUCCGCGAGGUUCUCGUGAAAUUCACUUUGUGGAAUUUAUUUCCAGUCCAAUUGCCGGUAGACUUUCGUCCUUUGUUAUGAUAAUGCAAUCGGAGCAAAGCUCAAAGGUGUAAUCGGCAUUGAACGGCGGAAGAACUAUAGAACACGCAUUGUCGCAAUUGAGCGGUUUUAUUGCGACGAUUGUGCUAAGGCGACACGCAGCGCGGAGGCCUUCGCGGUGCAUUAAAUACGUCGGUAAUGUGAAACAAACGACGUCAUUCAUUUCGACGCUAACGAAGGAAAAACUUCGGCCACAAAGACAUCGCGCGCCCAGAUCUGGGACAAUCGGUUUCGCAAAUUUCGCAUCUGCAUAAUUGGAAGAUUGAUUCUAAUUUGCGAACGGCUCCACUUCGCGAAUCAAAUUCAAAACGCGCCGCGUUUUAUACCGGAAUAAGCGAUUCAGUUGCGCUUUAACGUGGGACUGGCGCGACAGGUUCGGCGCGAUUCGCGCUGAAAUUCGUCCAGUACCGUCGAAUGCAACGAGCGACAAUGGUCCAUGAGAGAGAGAGAAUGAAAAGGAACGCGAAUGCUGGAAAUGUGGUGCGUGAAAAUUAUUCGUGGAACAAGCUCUGAAUGGCAGUGACGAGAUUCGAUCGCAGCAUCCGCACGGAGUUCAUCUGAUCCAUGUCCCAUGAUGUCUUAUUCAUGAGUGAUAACGGAGGGCGUAGGUCGGGCUGCACUUUAACGCCUCUGCAGCGAUGAGAAGGUCACGAUGCUGAGACCCGGAUCCUUAGCGGGCCUGCUGGUCCUCGUGGCCGUGCUGAAGAUCGCGCACUCGAACCGCUGUCUGACAAUGCUGGAAGAGGUCAAUCCGAAGAGGGUGAUCCAUUAUGAAGGCCAGUCUAUGAAUAUUCAGUUCGAGGUGUCGAGGAGAGUCACCCAGAGGAUGGCGUCGGAGAUCAUGAAGAUCUUCUUGGUCGAAGUGCUGGGCUACAGCGGUGUUACCGUGGUCGAGAAAAACGACAAAUUCGACACGGUCGAAACUUUCGAGAGGCUGUCUGAGAUAAUGUACCAGAGUUACACCGGACGUAGACAUAGAUUUCCAGAGACGAUGGUAAACAUGGAGGUGUGGAUUCCACCGCAGCAGGACACGAUGCCGUUGCUGAACAGGUACAACGUGAAGGAAUGCGGCUCGAUAGCGCCGCCGGGAUAUUUCGGUUGGUUCGUCCCGGAAGCGCUUUCCAGACCCGACGACAGCUGGCUGAUCUUCUCCAGACCGGAGACAGCCGGCAAGUUCGCCAUCGACGAGAACUAUCUCCCGAUCAUCAAGAAUUUCACGAUAAAUCCCAAGACCUCGGAUCACUAUUGCCAGGAUGUCUUUUGCCAGGACGGGAUGUACGUGCCGGAACAGUGUCAGAGUUCAGAGUUGUCUGCUCGACCACCGAGCUGCGCGCUGCUGCUGACCGGAUAUCCCGACGAGACCGGCUUCGUGAAGGAGCAUAUCGAUCAAAUGAAGCUCUACGUCAAGGUGGCGUGGGUCGGCCCGCAUCUCAGACAUCUGACCAAGUACCUGACCAAGGAGUAUAUGCAGUUCACGCGAAACUCGUCAGCUUCCACUGAUAACAGGUCACUGGUGAUCCUGCACUACUCACCCAGCAUUGUGAUCCCGAAUGAGAGGGAAUUCACGACGAUUGACUUUCCCCGUUGCGGAACGCACAAUAUUACGAUCAGCUGUGCCUAUGAGACGAACAAGCUAACGAAGCUAGUAUGGGGUAGGUUGGAGAUGAUCGCGAGGUUUGCUUUUGAGGCGAUCAAUCGCGCGAAAUUCAGUAGCAGCAUGUACGAGGAUCUGAUCGCGCGACGCAGCCGAGAACCGAGUGACAUCCCAGACGAGCAAAUCGCCUGCGACUGGCUCAAAGACAAUCUCAAUUACACCCUUGCGAACUGGAUGCCCGACGAUGACGACAAAAAUAUUCUCUAUGUGGGUGGAAUAUUUCCUAUGAGUGGCACUUCCUACCAGGCUAAGUCAAUAGUGAUCGCCGCCAAUAUGGCGAAGUAUGCUAUCAAUAUCAAUAACACCUUAUUGAGGGACUACUUUCUCUCCUUGCUGGCCAGCGACGGUCAAUGCAAGUCGGACAUGGUGAUGAAGUCCUUCAUCGAUUACAUUGUGCACAAUUAUUACGAGAAACUAGUUGGCGUGUUAGGGCCGGCUUGCUCGGAAACGGUGGAGCCGUUGGUCGGUGUGUCCAAGCACUAUAAAACGAUGAUCAUCAGCUACAGCGCUGAAGGAUCUAGCUUUGAUCGCCAUAAAUAUCCGCAUUUCUUCAGGACCAUCGGCGAGAACAAGCACUACCAGUACGUGUAUCUGCAGCUCUUAGAGAGAUUCGGCUGGCGUCGCGUGGCUUCUCUCACAGAGGACGGGCAGAAGUACACCGAAUAUAUAUCAUAUAUGCAGGAAAUGCUCCGGGACAAGGGUAUCACCUUUGUGGCAACCGCCAAGUUUCCGAGGGAGCGAGAGGUCGCUAUGAUGACGAAGUACUUGCAAGAUUUGAAAGACAGGAAAGCCAAAAUCAUUAUCGCAGAUGUGUACGAUGAAGUGGCUCGUCAGGUUAUGUGCGAGGCGUAUAAAUUGAAGAUGACAGCAGUCCAGGGCUACGUAUGGUUCCUUCCACUUUGGCUUCAGCCAAAAUGGUACGACACGGAUCAUUACAAUCAGAAUGGCGAACAGGUGUCUUGCAGCACGAUGGACAUGAUGAGAGCUAUAAACGGAUACUUCGGUCUAUCACAUGCAUACUUCGCCCCGGACGACGAGAUAAUGCAAGAGGGAAUCACCGUGCGCGAAUGGCGCACGCGAUAUGAGAAUAUCUGUCGGGCGCAGAACGAGCAACCUUCCAACUAUGCUGGUUAUGCUUACGACGCUAUGUGGACUUAUGCCUACGCCAUGGAUCGCCUCAUUCGCGAGAACCAGAGCUACAUUUUCGAGCUUCACAGUGACCAAACAAAUAAUCGUCUCACGGACAUUAUCGGCGAGACCGAUUUCAACGGGGUAUCCGGUAAAAUAAAAUUCAUGGGCGGAUCAUCGAGAUACUCCGUGAUCAAUAUCUUGCAAUUCAUCAAUAAUGACACGCGAGUCAUUGGCAACUUUUAUCCGAACAUCUCCGAGGAAAAGCGUGACGUUAUUGGUGGUACUUUGGAGUUGGAUACUUCGGCUCUCGUUUGGUUGUCGGGAGAGAUGCCGGACGAUGGCUCAGAAUCGAGAUGCGUCCUAGAAGGUUUGGCGGAGCUGUUGCAUGUCUCUUGCGAAGUAGCGAUCGUGAUUGUAAAUGUUAUCGGUUUCGGGCUUUUCGGAAUAAUCCUCUUCAUCGGUUUUAUCUUCAUUAAGCGAAGAUAUGAGAAGAAGGUCAAGCUCCACGAAAAGUAUAUGAAGUCUCUGGGUAUCGAUAUAACGCAGGCAGACACUUCCGGCUUGGACAUAUGGGAGAUUCCGCGAGAUAGAGUAGUGAUCAACAGGAAACUCGGAGAAGGCGCCUUCGGCACCGUUUACGGCGGUGAAGCUUUCUUCCCUGAGAAGGGCUGGCUAGCCAUUGCCGUGAAGACCUUGAAAGUGGGCAGUUCGACCGACGAGAAGCUCGAUUUCCUGAGCGAGGUCGAAGUUAUGAAGAGAUUUGAGCACAAAAACAUCGUUAAGUUAUUGGGUGUGUGCAUCAAAUGCGAGCCUGUGCUCACCGUGAUGGAAUUUAUGCUUUACGGCGACUUGAAGACUUACCUGUUAGGCAGGAGACAUCUGGUCAACGACCAGAGCUACGAGGAUUCCGACGAGAUUUCAAAUAAAAAAUUGACCGCCAUGGCGUUGGAUAUCGCUAGAGCGCUCAGUUACUUAGCUCAGUUGAAAUACGUUCAUAGAGAUGUUGCCUCUCGCAAUUGUCUAGUGAACGCCCAACGAGUGGUGAAACUUGGUGACUUCGGUAUGACAAGGCCAAUGUAUGAAAAUGACUAUUACAAGUUCAAUCGUAAGGGUAUGCUACCGGUGAGAUGGAUGUCGCCGGAAUCAUUGGGGCUCGGUAUCUUCACGCCAGCGUCCGAUGUUUGGUCUUACGGUGUAUUACUUUAUGAGAUUGUGACUUUUGGUAGCUUCCCUUUCCAAGGUAUGAGCAACAACGAAGUUCUCUCACACGUGAAGGCUGGCAACUGUCUCGUCGUGCCAAAGAAAGUGAAACUACCACUCGAGAAUUUAAUGUACUCGUGUUGGAAUGUGGACCAUACAAAGAGACCAACAGCGCCGUAUAUCGUAGACUUCCUAGCGACCAAUCCCCGUAUCGUUUCACCGUGCCUGGAUGUGCCCUUGGCGAGUGUGCAGCUGGAGAACACCGGUCAACUGGAUAUACACUUGUCGGAGAAUAUUCGAAAGUUUUCCCUCUCAUGGCCACCGGAGAGUCCGCCUUCUCAGAUACACGGCUCCAAGUCGUUAGAUUCUCCAACACCACUUUUAUUGGACUUGAACUGCCAGGACGAUGAUCACAACUUGGAUCCUCUGUUGACUGGCCAGUCCUACGAACAGGAUAGUUCCAGUCCGCUGUUGGAUCCCACGAGAACAUCGACCCUGAAGCAAAUGUGGCUUCAAGAAAAUUCCACGGACGUCAAGGACAAUCAGGCUCACAGGUAUGUCAAUCUUCAACCGGGUGCGAUAAAAUUGGCCGGCGAGCCCACUAUGAACGGCAACGCCGGCAGUAACAUCCAGCUAGAAGAGAGGACGUCCAUGCUGAACGAGAAGAAAAUCAACGAUAACGUCUCGAUGCUCUGACGCAAGUCAAAAUGAUUUCAUGAAGAAAUCGAAAACUAGUACCUCGAGUGCCUCAAAGUACGCGGUAUUGUAGUAUCAAGUAGGGACGACUAUACAAAGGUAAUGCCGGAGUUUACGAUAGUCACCAUAAAGUGAUGAACAUCCCGGGAUAAAGUAGCAGAUGAUGUCUGGAUGUUCAUCUCUGCGGAUGAAUAUGAUCGCCAAGGUCACACCAGAAGAUUCUUCGACGAUUCCAGAGACAAUUGGCUCUCUGAUGCGGCAUUUCAAUUAAUCGACAGAGAAUAUUAUGAAAUAUUCUCUAAAUUCCUCGAAUGAAGACAAAACUGAAGCGAUCUAGAGAGUUGUGGUAAUUACCGCAAUGAGUAUUUCGAUUUUCUUAUAAGAAUUCCUAAUCAAUCUCGGAAUAUGGUAUACGUGUGCUGUACACUAAUGGCAAAACUCUGUCUCGAAUGAGUAAAAUAUCUCGGAGAUAAAGUUUAAGUCGAUGUAUCCGUCAAGAAAAUGUGGCACAUCUGUCACAUAGUAUCAUAUCUGUUACAUUUUGUGCUGACAGUAUAUGUCUCCUUGCGGACACUCUUUUGCACAGUGGAUAACACAGCUGUACCUAGAAGCCUGCCCUAAACUAUAAGCUCCUAAGCUAGAUAUGCUCAGUAGUAAAACAGAAACACACGAUAGCCAUCGCAUAAGAAGUCGACUGCGCAUGGAUAUCGAUGUGAUCGAUGAUGAAAUUUAUUUCACUGGACCCACUUUUGAGACUGACUCCUAUCACGAAAUUAUGUUGCAUCGUGGAUAUGGAUGACCAUUAACGACACUGUCCGUCAUCACAAGCAAGUAGUCGAAGUAUAUAAAAAAGAAAAAGAAACAAAAAAUAAAAAAAGAGAAGAGCUGCUUCUUGUGGAUGCUGAUUUCGCGACAAAGCCAUAAAGAGACGGUCAAAACGUCGAUGCAUCCUUCAUUCAGCAGUUCUGUCGCCUUCUGCUCAAUGCAUCUUUAAGACUGACUUUCGAGAUGAAAGCGACGCAUCGUAUCGUUCUUUAUUUGUUCUUUCUGUUUUUCUCUUUUUCUUUAUUUUCCUUGUUGAUUCAUAAUUUGUUUCAAGAAGAAGCUAGCGCAUUUCAAACAUACGAUUCGGUGUUUUACGAGCGGUCGAGUGGCGGCGUUCGCGUAACCAUGACAUUUCUUCUUCUUUUUCACUCGUUAUACGUAAAAAAUCAUUGAACAAUUAUCCUUUUGUCUCAUGAUAUCUCCUCUGACGAAUGCGUCUACGUAUGUCUGUUAAUCACACACGUCGCCACCGUGUUCUCGCCGACAUCACACUAAUGUUUAAUAUUAUAAGACUAAUCCCCAGCUGGUUGCAUACUCGAUUACAGAUGCGAUUAUUUAUUUAUAUAUAUAUAUAUAUAAUGUAUGUAUAUAUAUGUAUAUACACAUACAUAUAUAAUAUAUAUUAUAUUAUAUAUAUUAUAAUAUUAUG